AUGGGCUUGGAGAGGCGUUGGGAAACCACGCACCCCCAGCGCGCUCGCAUCCAGUCACGGAUUUCACAUCGUUUAUUCACAAAGGCCGCCGACGAUGUCGAGCGCCUUGUUUCCAUGCGGCUACUAGAGAUGACGCGAUUGAAGGCUGGUGAUCUAGGUUACAAGUUGCGUACACAAAUUUCGAAGGCUUUGAACACGCGCGCAUCGGCGAUCCGUCACGCCAUUGAGCGAUACAACCGGCACGGAGCCGAGUUAGACCCCCCUGUCGCCCCCCUGGAGUGGGAGAAAAUCGCGGAGUACUCGUUUCUCAGCGAGUUCGACUUCUUACGCCAGACUGAUUCCCAGGUACACGCGAAGCGAUGGGCCAAGCCAGCAGUGCGGCAGGCCGCACUGCUCUACUUUGAUUAUGAGCGCGCGAAGGAGGAGAUUGCGCGUUGCAAUGUAGAGAUCGGCCGGCUACUCACGAAGAUUCGCGACGACGAGGUCGACUAUCCCCGCGCUGUCGAACGCCUCAGGACCACUGAUCCCCCGCUCGCUAUCGAGCUCUCGAAACGGUGGACCAUCCUUCGGAGAGUGAACAUCACUCUCCUGGCGCGAAUUCACCAAACCCAAUCACUUCCUGGGUAUAGCGGUCCUCGAGGACCCGGCGUACGAAUAGGGCGUGAGGGUAAUCGGGAUAUGGACUGCUUUCCUGACGGUGAGGCUAUGUCUUCGGCCGGUCUGAGCACUUUACAUGGCGAUGGUGACACGGAGAUGGAUGGCGAUGAACGCGGACAGCUCGGCAGAUUUUUUGAACAGAUGCAUGUUGAUGAUUAG